UUCAUAGUCUCAUCGAAUGCGUUGUGCGCCGCAUCUCGCAUCUUGCCGUGGUGAUGUGACGGGCGAGCGGGUGCCAUGCUGCCGCCCCCCGCCCCACCUCCCCUCGGCCGCUCACUCGUCCUGCGAGCAGCAGGACAGCAGCGACGACAAGUUGCGUGAGUUGCAGCGAGCCACGGCGGACAUGUGAAGCCUGCGAUGGGGGAGCCGUUCGGUCAAAAUGAGCGCGAGCACUGAAAAUGUCACCAACCUGUGGGGAAAUGCCACCUCCGGGGGCAACCGCACGGAGGCCGGCCAAGUUGCCCUCGUGCGGGCCAUCCCGCUCGGAAUGGUGCUGGGGGCUUUCAUCGCCUUCGCCAUCGCGGGCAACAUUCUCGUCAUCCUGUCGGUGGUGUGCAACAGGCACCUGCGCACCCCCACCAACUACUUCAUCAUCAACUUGGCCAUCGCCGACCUGCUUCUGGGCACCACGGUGCUGCCGGUGUCGGCCACCAUGGAGAUCCUGAACAGCUGGGUGUUCGGGAGGAUCUUUUGCGAUAUCUGGGCGGCGGUGGACGUGCUGUGCUGCACCGCGUCCAUCAUGAGCCUGUGCGUCAUCUCCAUCGACCGCUACAUCGGCGUGAGUCACCCGCUCCAGUACCCCGGCAUCGUGACGGAGAAGCGUGCUCUGCUGGCCAUGCUCGGGGUGUGGCUGCUGUCCGUGGUCAUCUCCAUCGGACCCCUGCUGGGUUGGAAGCAGCCGCCGUCGCCGGACGACACCGAGUGCUCCAUCACCGAGGAGCCCUUUUACGCGCUCUUCUCGUCGCUCGGAUCCUUCUACAUUCCUCUGGCGGUCAUCCUGGCCAUGUACUGCCGGGUGUACAUCGUGGCCAAACGCACCACCAAGAACCUGGAGGACGGCGUCAUGCGCGAGAGGAUGAGCUCCAGCGAGCUGACCCUGAGGAUCCACAAGGGCUCGCAAGCGCACGACGAGCCGGCGGCCGGCUGCGGGGGUGGCGCGGGCAAGGGCCGCGGGCACCAGGCCAGAAGCUCCCUCACGGUCAAACUGCUCAAGUUCUCCCGGGAGAAGAAGGCGGCCAAGACUUUGGGAGUUGUGGUGGGAAUGUUUACGCUUUGUUGGUUGCCCUUCUUCCUCGCCCUGCCCAUUGGCUCUUUCAAUGUGAAUCUCCGCCCACCCGACGUCCUCUUCAAGGUGAUCUUCUGGCUGGGCUACUUCAACAGCUGCCUGAAUCCCAUCAUCUACCCUUGCUACAACCGCGAGUUCAAACUGGCCUUCAUCCGCAUCCUGCGCUGCCAGUGUCAUCAGCGCAAACGCCCCGGCUGGAGUUCGUAUAACUACCGUUCCUCCACAUUCAGCUCCUCGGGGCAUUCCCGCAAAGGCUCCAGCGACCACAGCCCCGGAUGCUUGAACGGCAGUCAGCGUACGCCGCCGUCCUCGGCCGGCCUGAGCCCAGGCUACCUCAGCAAGGGGCUAGCGCCGUGCACUGAGGGCGAGGUCUUGUACACCUGGUCUACAUCAGCCUCUACGCCCGACACCCAACAGGGAUGUGUCAUCACGCCUGUUAAGGGAGGGGAAGCCGGGCAUGAGCCGAGUGCUGGUGCGGUUUUUUCUUUCUCCUUUGGGACGGAACAAGACAAGGCGGUGGUCGCAAAAGACUGCGCAGAACCACUUUACAGUGUGUGACUCCAUCCGCUGUACCUGACGACUACUUAUCCUUCUUUGAAACGGUUCUUUGUGGUCAACACAACGGGAUCUAGCUGCUGAGAUUUGGUUUUAUGUGUGGGCAUUGGCACGGUUCAUUAAGGGAGAUGGACAAAAAAAAGAAAGUUUAAAAAUCAUCUUAAUCGUAAAGCCUGAACGUGACCUGCUUGAUGUAACAUGUGGAAAACUGUACGUACUUCUUUGAUUUGUUUUUGUAAUGUUGUGGAAUUAAAAUAUAUCAUGGUUU